AUGGCGGCUCAAAACCACAAUGGUUAUGAACGAGCGUUUGGGGUUACAAAUAUCAAAAGUCAUAUCCCUCUGAAUUUGGAUUUCGAAGACCAUAAUUAUGAUGCUUGGCGUGAGCUCUUCCUCUCACACUGCCUCGCAUUCAACGUCCACGGACACCACGAUGGCACUUCCCUCCCAGCAAACGACGACGACACUCCUUGGAAGAAGAGGGACGGCCUGGUUAAGUUGUGGCUAUACAGAACUCUAACUCAACCUCUAUUUCGUACAAAUUUCCAAACAGGCUGGUCCGCUCGGGAUAUCUGGUUGCACAUUGAGAACCAAUUCAGAAACAACAAAGAAGCUAGGGAAAUUCAACUCGACCACGAUCUACGCACCACAGAAAUUGGAGAUCGCUCUGUUCAUGAGUAUUGUCAGACCUUGAAGUCAAUCUCCGCUCUCUUGGCUAAUCUAGAUGUGCAUGUCUCCGAUGUAUCUCUUAAAUUGCCUGAAUGA